GUUAUAGUGUAGAAUUUACUUUAGAGUCUAAUUAAAUGUCAAGUAUGCAAUAAAAAAGUUUUGUUGGUUAAUGAUUUUUUUUUAAGUGAAGCAUGAGACUUAUUUAAACUUGUGAGAAGCAGUGAGAGUAAAAGUGUGUGAAGUGUAAAGAGUGACCAAAGCUGAAACACUGAACUCUUCACCCGCCCCUGGCAACGGCGUGCGCUCCUGCACAGACAGACACACACACAUACACACACAUACAAACACACAGCUUAAUGUUUCAUCACGCAUAACCUCAUCUGAGUUAGUGAUAAAAAAAUUUUAAAAAGUCAGAACUUUUUUUCUUUCCAAAUUUUCUUUCCUUUCAUUUGUCUCGAAAGACGAGACAGAACUCCGGUGAUACAAGAUUGUAGAAGAGUGAAAUAUGAUUCAUGAUGUUCUCUCACGUGCUGUCAGUUAAGAAAAACUCAGCUCCAGACUUCCUGAAGAUAUUUACAGCAUGACACCUCUGGCACAUUGGUCUCUUUGCCUGAAGCAGAAUUGAUAAAAAUGAAUGCCAAAGGCUGCAACCUCCUGGUCUCUCCCAGCAGCAUGCCAAAGUCUCUGGGUGCCAUAACUGGGCAGCAGGUAUCUCACAUCCGAGUGCAUGCUAGUAGUUCCCGCUCUUUCCCACAGCAAGGAAGCCCUGGUCCCACCAAUGGAAUAGGCACUGGAGCUGUGGAACCUGGGAGUACAGUGCUACUACCUGCUCUGAGCCUUCGCAGGCAAGUGCUGACCAAUGGGAAGCACCAUGGCACCUUCAGUGUCCCACAAACUUCAUAUCAACAAAUGUCUUCACGUCCUGCACCACCAGGAAGUUCCAAUACAGCGAGAUUAUAUGGCACACAGAGUGGUGUCAAAGGUUCUCACACACUGGGGCCCAAUAGAAAGCUGUUGGGCGAGUAUGGCGGAUCAAACCUGCAAGUGACAAGCAAUGCCAUUGUCCUGGAGAGUGUGAGUCCAGUGUCCACUAUCCACACCUCUGCAUCGCAAUACCCUCCUCCUUCUCUGGGACUUUUUGUGCCCUUCACAGAUGCCAGGUCUGUGUUAUCCAGAGAGUCAUUGGCUUCCACCACCCUCAGCAUUGCAGAGAGCCAAUCAAUACGCAGCAGCAAGUUGGACUGGCCUUAUGGGUAUCGUGUGCUGCCACCACUAGGUGAGCAGAGCAAUUUUAGCCAAACACCUGAAGGUCCAGAAUUUCUGAACCUCCCACCAGGUACUGCCAUGUCUGGAGCUACCAGUAGUUCUAAUCCAACUUCACUUCCUGCGUACCUGUUUAAGGAGGACAUCAACAGCCCCCGCCAAUCCAGCCGUCCUAAAAAAAGAGCCCUCUCUAUCUCACCUCUGUCUGAUGGCAUUGGAAUUGACUUAAACUCCAUUAUUCGGACAUCACCAACCUCAUUGGUGGCAUACAUAAUUGGUUCCCAAAGUUCUCCAGCCUCACAGCCUGCUCCCUCACCACUACAGUCUGAAGUAUGUGGGCAUCUCUUGGGAGUCAGGGGAAGCUGUAUCCCAAAUUCCAGCUUUGGUUAUCCCAUUCCCAAAGCCAGUUCCACUUAUGGUCAGACCUUAAGAAGCAACCACCAUUCUGAAAGAGUUAGUCUCUGCAUGCAGAGAUUAGAAGAACAGGGUGCACAUGACAGACAAAUGGGAGGAACUAAUCUAAUAGUGGAGCAUCAGCUUCUGCCAGGACAGGAAAUUCUGAUAAGCAACAUUGCAACAGGAGAUAAUGCUCCACGUAAAAGUCUGGAAAGUACAACACACCUUCAAUUUGAAAUUUCAGCUACUGUUAGGUCCCCAACUCCACCGAGGGGACCUCCACCACCCUAUUACUCCCACCAUGUACACCGACUACCAGGUGGCCACCUGGUGUGCACUCAGAAUCCUGCAGAUACAUGCACUAUGCCUCAUACAGACAAACCUGGUGUUCUGCCCCUGGCUCUGUGCCCAAUGCAAGAGGAGGAAGAGGGGGAAAUUGAUGAUGUAAAUGGGGGACACUGUUGCCGUUGGUUGGAUUGUAGUGCCACAUACAGUCAUCAAGAGGAGCUGGUCAAGCACAUAGAGAAACUACAUAUUGAUCAGCGCAAAGGAGAGGACUUUGUCUGCUUCUGGGCAGGGUGUCCACGGAGACACAAGCCUUUCAAUGCCCGUUACAAACUACUAAUCCACAUGCGGGUACAUUCGGGGGAGAAACCUAACAGAUGUACGUUUGAAGGCUGUCAGAAGGCGUUCUCCCGCCUAGAGAACCUACGAAUCCACCAACGGAGCCACACAGGAGAAAAACCAUACAUGUGCCAGCACCCUGGCUGUCAGAAAGCCUUCAGCAACUCCAGCGACCGUGCCAAGCACCAGCGCACACAUGUCGACACAAAACCUUACGCAUGUCAGGUUCAAGGCUGCCAAAAACGCUACACUGAUCCCAGCUCUUUGCGAAAGCAUGUCAAAUCGCAUUCCAACAAGGAGCAGCAGGCCAGGAAGAAGCUGAGAGCCGGCACUGAGAUCUAUCAGGAUGGACUUUCUGAUUGUCUAACUAUCCAGCCUCUGCAGCAUAGCCUGUCACCUUUGGAGCUGAUUGAGAGCCAUUCUACCUCUCUUUCUACUGACAUGUACACAGGUAUGUUCUCCCUGGACCAGUCCAACCAAGUGACUCCUGUUCACGUUCAGUAUUCAUCCUGUGGCUCUCAUGUCCCAGUGUCUGCACUGCCUAACAGCAGGUUUGAUGCUCCUGUGGCACAACACCAAGCCACACCUUCAGAUCCUUAUUCGCACCACCACAUGGUGGCAGCACAAAAAAACAGCAGAAUUUUAGGAUACCCGGAGCAUACGGCAACAUCCCUCCCUCCUCCUCCUCCUCCUCCUCCUCCUCCUCCUCAGGACAGUUUCCCGAGUCAUGCCCAGACGGUGUGCUUAAACACAGAGUCGUCACAGACAGGAAAGCAGAUCUCUGCCUGUUCCAUGAUGCAGAUACCUGGGUUCGAGGAAGGUCUGGGUUCUUCGUGUACAGCUCAACAGGAACCCGAGCUGCUCCACCAAGCUCUGUCAAACAUCUCAGAGUUCAAUCCACAUGGCACAUCUGAGGACUCCUUAGUAGAGCAGGAGCAAUCAGCAUCAGACAAUAAUUACCUUCACAUAGAAGUGCACUGCGUUGACCAACACCCAACCAGGCUUUCAUGAGUCUUCGUGGAGGAGUGAGAGAAGGCCACCUUUUGAUCGUACAUAUCCUAUAUGGACAUAAGUAUUGGGACACCUGAUGUUUCCAACCAUGUGUGGUUCUUUCCCAAACUUUUUCCAAACGAAGCACAAAGUUGAAAGCACACAAUUGUAUAUAAUGUCUUUGGAUGUGGUUGCAUUAAAAGUUCCCCUCACUUGAACUUAUGACAAUGCUCCUGUGCACAAAGCCAUGCAGAUAUAGUGUACAUCUGUAGGGGUGGAAGAUCUUGAAUGGCCUGCUAUAGAGCUCUAACCUCAACCGUAUUGAACACAACUGGGAUGAUUUGGAACACUGACUGGAUCUCAGGUCUCCUCUCAGUACAUGAGUACUUGACUUUACUAAUACCCUUGAGCACAAUUCUUCACAAUCUCACUCCAAAAUCUAGUAAAAUAUCUUCACAGAAGAGUGGAGGUUAUUAUAACAGCAAAGGGGAACUAAAUGUGGAAAGCAAUGCUUCAAAAACACAUACAAAUCCUAUGAUCAGGUUUCCACAACAAACUGUUGUCCAUAUGGUGUAUAUCUACUGUAUAAUUAUGAUUUUUCCUGACCUUCGUUUUUAAUCUUUGAGACACAGGAGCAUAAAUGAAAAAGAAUGGA